CUGGGCGCAAGCGCCUUGCAGGGGUGUGCUUUUGAUGGAAUCAGCGUGGAGCAGGGUUAAAUCGACUUGCGCAUGCGCUGUAGGAGCUUCGCCUUGAUGACGCAUUGAGCUCCACCGCAACGGAACAGAGCUCGCUACGCGUGACGGGUCAGCAUUUUCUACGAGGUGAGGCCGGCAUUUAUUGGGCUGGAUUUCCUCAUCACAAACCGCUUCAUCGCAUCACCCACUACUAUAUACAGGAAUAUCCCAUCGCUAAACUAAUUUUGCUGAGAAAGUAAUGGCAAAUCCAGAAUCGGCCAGUGGGAAGACAUCAGCUCUAGGAGAAUGGGAAGAGAGCAAGAAGCCAAACCAGAGAUCAGCUGGUAGCGAAGGAAAUAGCCAAGAUGUGUUUGUUGGGAGUAGAGAAAAGGAGACUGGUACCAAAGUGAAAAAGGACCUGAAAGAAAACCUGCCUGCGUCCAACCAGCCAAGAACAGCCAAUGGGGGCAUUCCUUGGGCCUGUCCAGAUGGGACAUUUAUCAAACUGGUUCUGAAGACUGGUACAGGUUUAGAUAAGCCUAAAGAAGGGUCCCUUUGUCAGGUCUUCAUUGAGGCUGAUCCAGGAGGACCCAUGAGUUACCCAUCCCACAGGUGGGAUGAGGUGGAGCUGGGUGGGGGUGAUGCUGAGUGGGAUGGAGUCGUGGACUGUUGCCUGGAAACUAUGCUGGCUGGGGAGCAGGCUGAAUUAAGGUUGACCGGAGGAGGUAAGAUUAUUGUCCAACUUGCAAGCUUCACAGAGGCCAAAGAGUCCUGGGAGAUGAACGCCAGCGAGAAAUGGGACCUGGUUAUUAGCAACAAAGAGCGGGGCAGUGAGCUGUACCGGGCGGGAGAUGUUGGCGCAGCGGCGAGACGCUAUGCCAAGGCUUUGCGUCUGCUUGUGGUGGCUGCCCCUCCCCCGGACUAUGACCAAAUUAAAGCUGAGCUCCAUGCCAACCUGGCUGCCUGUCAGCUGAGGUUGCGGCAGCCAGCAAAUGCCGCCUGCAACUGUACCAAGACGCUGGCGCUCCAGCCGGCCAACACCAAGGCGCUGUUUCGACGGGGUUUAGCUUGCGAUGCUAUGAAUGACCUGGAGGGGGCAGCCCAGGAUCUGAAGGGGGUCUUGCAGGUGGAGCCAGGGAACCGAGCUGCCCGGAGGGAACUGGAAAGGGUGACUGAGCGGAUAAGGGCCCGAGACGCCAAGCUGGCCCGAGCCAUGCAGAAAAUGUUUGCCUGAAUAAAAGAAUUAA